ACAGCCGAGAAGGCGCGAACUAGCAACUGGAUGUUUACGACGCUUUCUUUAUCGUUAUUAACCUUUUUUCCUGCUCAAGGAAUAAAAACUGGACAGUGAUAAGGUUUACAUUACUUUAUCUCCAGGAUCCUUUUUUAAGGAGCCAUGGAUUAUGCUACUGGACAAACUUCUGUCAAACUUGCAUUUCUCAUCUUUACAGUGAUCAGCAGCAGUUGUGCUCUGUUGGACAGAGUGUUGGAACAUCUUUCAGCACACCCAGACCCUCCAAACUCCAGUCCAAAAGAGGACAGUGAAUUUUCCUAUUGUGAUUUUGAAUCUCCAUGUUCUUGGACCUUAUCCAAUCACAGCACUGGAGGAGACUGGUAUGUCACAUCACCACAGCAAAACAGAGCCAAUAGAUGGGGUAUCCAACCAUUAAAAGACCAUUCUACUGGAAAGUCUCAAGGUCAUUUCCUGUUACUAAAGCCCAGCUCGACUCAUGUGGCCGCUGGUAGAUGUAUCUUCCACAUCACCAGUCCUGUAGUGCUAAACAGUGGGCCACUGUGUCGCCUCCGAUUUGCCUGCUACCAACCAGAGCCACACACCGGAAAUGUCUCUGCCUUCGUGAAACACGACGAUGACUCUGACAUUACAUCGAUAGCUCUCACGCCCAGAGAACGAGGAGGAGGCAGGGCACAGUGGAAGGUGCUGGAGGCUCUGAUUGGUCAGUCAGAUGAGCCCUUCCGGGUGACACUCCAGUACUCUUCCUGUAGCAGUCAUGAGGUUGGAUUCCUGGGAAUUGAUUCGUUGGAGCUGAUGGAUUGUGUGAUGGAUGAUGAAGACUUGCAGUUGAAUCCGGACUGUGAGAAUUACUCGUUUAACUGUGAUAGUGGCACAUGCAUUGAGCAACCAAGUGUGUGUGAUCUUCAUACCCAUUGCACACAUGGGGAGGAUGAAGGAUUAUUAUGCAGCGCCUCACCUUUGGGUUCAUACUGUUCAUUUGAGUCAGACAUGUGUGGAUGGUCGGUGUCUAAUACCCAACCCUCUUGGAAACUAGUUAGUAGACAACAGCUAACUGAAAGCACUGAUCCACUGGGCACAACGCUGCAAAACACAAAAGGGCAUUUUCUUUUCCUCAAGGUCAGAGGUCACAGUGAUGAAAGCGAUGUGCUGGUUCAAAGUCCUGCUUUUCCACCAACUAUAUCCAAUCAAGGAUGUCAGUUGCGCUUCUCCCUGUAUCUGUGUGGAGACUUCAAUGGAUCGAUUGUGCUGUCAAUUGUAGAAAAUGGAACUUCAUCACCUCCACUUGUGUGGAAGAAAUCUUGGAAAUGGAAAGAUAACUGGCAGGAUGUCAAUUUGCAGAUAACAAAGAUCCUAAAUGGGUUUUAUAUUAAAGUGCAGGCGAUGUGGGCAUCUGGCUCUAUGGCAGACAUUGCUCUAGAUGACAUUUCCUUAAGUACGGGAUGUUUUGAAACAGAUUUUAAUCAGUUCCUUAUGGAUAUAAUACCUUCACGAGUCCAGCUUACCAAAGACCAUAAUUUGGACCCCGGCUCUGAUUUGGAUGACAACGGUCCUCUCCCAGAGCCCUUUGCAUCAGAUGUGUCCCUAAUGACAUGGUUGUUCACUUCCUGUGGAGCAAGUGGACCCCUAGGCCCGACUCAAGCCCAGUGUGACAGCGCUUACCGCAACAGCAACAUCAGCGUGGUGGUUGGAAAGGAAGCCCCUUUCAAGGGAGUUCAGAUGUGGAGGGUGCCAGCCACCCAAUUGUACAAGAUUUCAGCUUAUGGAGCCGGAGGUGGUAAAGGAGCGAAGAACCAUAACAAACGCUCAAAUGGUGUAUUCAUCUCGGCUAUCUUCAAACUGGAGGCAGGAGAUAUACUCUACAUCCUGAUUGGUCAGCAGGGGGAAGAUGCCUGUCCAGGGAGAAAUCCCCUUACCCAGAGCAUCUGCCUAGGCGAGUCUUCUGCUAUUGAAGAUGGUCUGGACAGUGACGGUUCAGCUUUGGAAUGGGCAGGAGGUGGAGGUGGUGCUGGGGGAGCCACGUACAUCUAUCGAAUGGAGAACGAGGAAGCUGUCCCUUUGCUGAUCGCAGCAGGAGGGGGAGGAAAGGCCUACCUAGAGGACCCAGAAAGCAGCCUGGAGCAGAUGUUCCUCGAACAGUAUGAGAAUGAGAUGACAGCCGCUGGUGUCAAUGGCAACACUGGAGCAGCAGGUGGAGGAGGAGGAUGGAACGACUCAACUUCUGAAAACAGGGCUGGAAGGUCUGUUAUUGAAGGAGGACAAGGAGGCACAUCCUGUCCCCAGGCUUUGGAAAAGCUUGGCUGGGUAACAUCAGGAGGAUUUGGGGGAGGAGGCGGUGCAUGCACUGCUGGAGGGGGUGGUGGAGGUUACAGAGGUGGAGAUGCGCCUCUUUUUGAUGGCAUCACAGAAGAUGGACAAGAUGGAGUCUCCUUUGUCCACCCCAGUGGGGAGAUAUUUCUCCAACCACUGGCAGUCAUGGAUAGUCAUGGAGAGGCUGUGAUAAAGGUGUAUCUGAAUUGCAGUCACUGUCAAACGCAGAGCUGUAAGCGAGAUGAAGAAACCAAACUUAUCUUCUGCUUGUGUGACAACGAUGAGGUGCUCGCACCAGACAACGUCACUUGCUUAGUUGUCCCACUAGGUUCUGUGGCGGACGGGCCCCCGUCCCUGAUAUUAAUCCUGGUGGUGAUCGCGUCCACAGUUGUAACGGGUGUCGUUCUGACCUGCGCCAGCCUCACACUCAUAUAUUAUCGUAAGAAGAACCACCUGCAUGCGGUCAGGAUUCGUCUGCAGAGCCCAGAGUACAAGCUUAGCAAAAUUCGUUCAUCCACCAUUAUGACAGAUUACAACCCCAAUUAUUGCUUUGCUGGCAAAGCAGCCUCACUGAGCGAGCUCAAGGAGGUGCCACGGAAAAACAUCACACUCCUCAGGGCCUUGGGCCAUGGGGCGUUUGGGGAAGUAUAUGAAGGACAGGUGUUGGGUAUGACAGGAGACAACACAUCUAUGCAGGUUGCCAUUAAGACUCUUCCAGAAAUCUGCUCUGAACAGGAUGAAAUGGAUUUCCUUAUGGAGGCCCUUAUUAUGAGUAAAUUUAACCAUCAGAACAUUGUGCGCUGCAUUGGAGUCAGUCUGCAGAUCCUGCCUCGCUUCAUCCUGCUGGAGCUCAUGACAGGAGGAGAUAUGAAGAGCUUUUUAAGGCUCAACCGACCCAGAACUAACCAGCCCUCUUCUCUGAGUAUGCUGGAACUGCUACACAUGGCCAGAGAUAUUGCACUCGGCUGUCGCUACCUAGAGGAGAAUCACUUCAUUCACAGAGACAUCGCAGCACGUAACUGUCUUUUGACAUAUCCUGGUCCAGACAGAGUGGCCAAAAUUGGAGAUUUUGGAAUGGCUCGUGACAUUUAUAGGGCAAGUUACUAUAGGAAGGGCGGCCGUGCCAUGUUACCAGUAAAGUGGAUGCCACCUGAAGCAUUCUUGGAGGGCAUUUUUACCUGCAAAACUGACACCUGGUCAUUUGGGGUGCUGCUGUGGGAGAUUUUUUCUCUUGGAUACAUGCCAUAUCCCUGCAAGACCAAUCAGGAGGUAUUAGAAUUUGUAACAGGCGGAGGUCGCAUGGACCCUCCUAAGAGCUGCCCGGGGCCAGUGUAUCGGAUUAUGACACAGUGUUGGCAGCACUGUCCAGAACACCGACCAAACUUUACUACCAUUUUAGAGAGGAUCAACUACUGUACACAGGACCCUGAUGUCAUCAACACGCCUCUUCCAGUGGAGUACGGUCCUGCUGUGGAGGAAGACGGUGUCACUGUUAUCCGCCCCGAAGGAUCUAUCAGUAUGAGUCCUCUUCUAACGGCACACGCGUCCCAGGAUGGUCGACCUGGCAUGCCUGGCCAACCUCCACAAGCCCUCAAGCCGCCCUUGCAGAUACAAAAACCAGCCCAGCUUGCGCAAGAGGAAGGAACAUACCCCGAAACUCUAGAGCCAUGUUGGGGUGAUCCUAAACCUGGUGUCUGUCCUGGUCAAUGGCUUCAAGUCCCAGACCACCGACCGUGCUCCAGAAGCAGCUCGUCAUCAGGUAGCCAGAAGCUAAAGAAUAAGACAAAAAACUUGUGGAACCCCACCUACGGUUCCUGGGUUCUGGAGAGCUUCGGACGGGGUAAGACGGCCUUGUACCACAUACAAUCCAUGCCUCUGUCUUGUAACCCCAAAUCUACGCCCAUCCCGGCAUCUGCCACAGAUUGUGUUGACCCUGUGGUUUCUGAUGCAAAUAUCCCUACGCCCACAUGUCCCCCUCCAUCUACCACGUCCUCUCCGACCACCUUCAGACCCACGGGGCCUCCAAGCAUCGCUUCUCGGAUGGGUGCAGAAGGAGGCACAGGAGGCUCGCUUGCUGCGGUUAUGGACUUGGCAAAACUCCAUAGCUUCCCAUGUGGCAAUGUAAACUAUGCAUAUGAUGAGCAGAGCUAUGAGACAGAGAGCUUGCCUGUGCUAGCGUCCAAGUCUGCGGAGCCUUGCACCAGCUCUUCAGCCUCUUCAUCACUGGCUGCUCUUGGCCUGGCCACAACCAUUACCCACAAGCCCCUAGUCAAGCGUCACGCUAGCUAUGGACAUGAAGACGUUAGAAGGUACACCCAGCCCGAGAGACCCGUGAGGGACAGGGAUUCUGGCUUUUCACUAUCGGAGGACCUCAGCGCCACCCCAGUGUAGCAUUGCAGACAGGUUUACUUAGAUAGUAGUAAAUGAGAAAGAACCGAACACCUCGUUUUUUGACAGAAUCUGGCCUCAGACCAGCUGAUUUUUAUAUUUUGAUGCUUAUUGCUGUGUGUUAUGUAGAAUUGGAAUGUCAGAUUAGUAACAGCUAGUGGACCACCUCUCUGUACGAGACAGACUUUGAUGUUAUUUUGUGGUACACCAAAGACGUGGCAGUUAGUGUUGGAGUAACUAAUACGCCAUCAACUGGGAGCCCUCCUCUUAAUGGCUGAUGGUUUAUAUGGAAACUUCCACUUGGCUAAUAGCAGCCCCUUUACACUGUAUGCUCAUCUAUUGUCAACACUGUGAAAACACAUUAUGUUCACUUUAAAGACUAAACUUAAAUCAGAUUUAUUGGUAAUUAUUAAUGCAUAUAGACAAGGUGUUCUCGACCUUUUUGACUCCAAGGCCCCCCAUUGUAAUCCGCAAUAUUAAUAUGCACCCCUCCCACUCACAAAAUUUUUACCCAAUAUAUUUUAGAGCUUGUUGUUGAACUGUCUAUUCCUUAUAAAAAUGGCCAAAUAAUUAGAAACAUCUUGGUUUUCAAUUGUUGUAUAUGUAUUU